UCACUACCUCUUUAAUAAAUUCAUAUACAAGUCGAGCCUCGCGGAUAUCGCCUUUUUCAUGAACUACUCGACCAUAUAACUGUAUCAAAAAUCCAUCACCAAGUGCCACGUAAAACCAGUUCGCCAUGUCAAAAUCUACAACUCCAAUAGCAUUCCCUUCUGUCGAGGAUGUGACAAAGAGCCCAGCCUUUCCAACGGCAGUAUGGAAACUUGAACCCCAUCAAAGAGGUCUUCUACCUGUAGCUGCCGGGAGAGGAGGCCCAAUCAACAUCAGUUGGGAAGUUCACGGCGAUGGGCCAGUGAAGCUCGUUCUGAUCUGCGGUCUCGGAUUCUUCAAAACAGCAUACCAACGCCAAACCAUGCACUUCGGGCACAUCCACGGUUCAAAAUACUCCGUCCUAAUCCUCGAUAACCGAGGCAUGGGCGGAUCAGAUAAGCCCAUGAUGCGAUACAGCACAUCGGAAAUGGCGCGGGACAUCAUAGAAGUAGUCGAUCACCUAGGCUGGACAUCACCACGACAAUUAAACAUAAGCGGUAUAAGCAUGGGCGGCAUGAUCGCGCAAGAACUCGCGUAUCUCGUACCGGACCGCAUAAGCAGUCUAAGUUUAAUCUGCACAGCUGCUUGUAUUGAGAAUACGACUACGUUUACUGAGAAUAUGGUGAAUCGUAUUACUAUGCUACUACCUAAGAGUCUGGAUAGAAGUGUGCAAUAUGCCGCUCGAGCUAUAUUCCCACUAGACUAUCUAACCUCCCCAGACAACGCCACCAUCCCCUCCCCCUCCGUCCCCCGCUGCAAAAUCCCACCGGGCGGCUAUCUCAAAUUCAACAGCAACUACGAGCGAUUCGCCGCGCAAGAAAUCACCAAACAACACGAUAAAGGUGGUUUCACCAAAUCCGGUUUCCUCCUGCAACUCAUAGCCGCCGGUUGGCAUCACAAGAGCCCAGAGCAAUUGAAGGAAUUGGGGGAUAAAGUAGGACGAGAGCGGAUUUUAGUUUUGCACGGGACGAGUGAUGGCAUGAUUUCGACACCGCAUGGGAGAAAGCUGAUAGAUUAUCUCAAGCCGGGUCAGGGGUUGAUUGUGGAUGGGCUGGGCCAUGCGCCUAUUAAUGAGCGAACGCAGUGGUUUAAUCAGUUAAUAGAGGAUCAAUGUUCGUUGGGAUAGAAAUUGAGUGGGCGGUAAGAGAUGGUGUAUAUUUUGCAAGGAACGUAGCGACCUAUAACACCGCCGCAGCUCGACAGGAAACGAUACUUGGGUAGAUAGGUAGCCUAGAAAAUUCUUGCAGCAAUUGAAACACAGUGGAAAGUA